AUGCUUAUUCCGUACAAAAUACCUUUUAAAAUCGUUAAGCGCGGCCGAAGCCGUUUAAAAAAUCUCUUUUCUGCUUUAGCUAUUGCUGCUAUUACAGCUGCGGCGGCUGCGGCAGCUAUACUACGCACUCUUACCUUCGAAGCUUCGCCCUUUCUCUUAGACCCUUUUAUUAAGCGUUUGCUUAUAUUAACGACCGUCAAAGCUUUAAAGUGCAUCAAGUGCAUUAAUACUCUUGUUAAAUUGAAUAGUCUUAUAGCAGCGAACCGUAGUCCGAUGACUCGGAGCGCUUCGAGUAUAUCACUUUUUCCCCUUGCGCUUGCGUUAGCCGCUUUUAUUGCUCCCGUCGCCUUCGCAGCUCUCGUCGCACUUAUUAUCGUCGCCCUUUUUGCGCUAGUUGUUGCGCUUGCCGCUUUCGCGGCGGCGCCCGCCGUUGCUAUGACUCUUGCGAAGCGCCGAGCUAAAGUAAAAAGAUUACUAAAAGCUUUAAUCGAUCUUUUGUUAUAA